AAAUCAAAGACGUAUGAAUGAAUUCAGUAACUGAAGAAAGCGUGUUCAUUCGACGUUUUGUGUCCGAACACAAUGGCUUUACAGCCAUAGUAAGACACUUGUAUUCCGAUUUUAUUGUCAAUGAAGUUAGCGUCGAUGGCAACGUACUGCAAUUGGAAAAGGAAGAUUUGCAGAAACCUGAUGCGUUAGAAAGAGAAAAGCAAGUAGAAAAUGAAACUUGUACACAAAGUGCUUUGGAACAAUUGGAAAAGUGGUAUGAACCAAGCCUUAUGAAUAAAGUACGUGAUUUUGUUGCUACUGAAGAGAGCAACUCUUUAGAAAAUGAACAAGAUUCUUUGAAAGAGUUGAUUCUUCCAAAGCCUAUUUUGGAUAAAGAAGAACGAAGGCAAAUACAUCAGCUAUUUCGAAGUUUCAAAGGCAUAGUCACAGAGACGGUAUCGACAGAUGGAUCACCAAAAAUUCUUCUCGAACGUAGUUCAGCAGUUACACCAAACAAACGACGUAGAAGAAUAAGUGAUUCCAACUUGGAAGAGAACAAGUUCUUGUCGUUUCUAUUGUGCAAGAAGAAUACGGAAACGAGUUAUGUCGUUUCGAAACUUGCUAGUUUGUUGCAUAUUCGUACUGGUCGUUUCUCUUUUGCUGGAACAAAAGACAAGCGUGGCAUAACAACACAAGAAAUGCGUGUACGUGGAGUAACCAUGGAAAGGUUGUGGCAAGUUGGCCAUAGUUAUCUUGGCAAAUCAUCCCAUAUUCGUAUUGGACGUUUCAAGUAUUGCAAGGAGCCAUUGCAUCUUGGAGAAUUGAAAGGAAACCGCUUUACAGUGAUAUUAAGAAACGUAUUAGACUGUGAAGAUACAGAUUCUCGUCAACUAGAAAAUAUAAAGGAAGCUAUUGAAAGAGUGAAAAUGAAUGGAUUUAUCAACUAUUUUGGCUUACAACGCUUUGGAAGUGGGGCAAUUCCUAGCCAUCAUGUAGGUUUUGAAAUAUUGCGUGGGAAUUUCGAACAAGUGAAUCGAUUGAUACUUACUCCGUAUGACCCUGAAUGGAGAGCCAUUCAUGCAUCCGAAAUACUUGGAGAAAGUAUCUCCGUAAAGUCUCAUCACGGGAAGAAAGACCGUCCACAGAUAAUGGAAUACUUACAUCAAUUUUGUCAAGGUCAGCUGAAUGCAGGACAAGUUUACUCUCAUUUACCUCGAUUUAUGACUAUUGAGAGACAGUUACUGAACACAUAUAUGAAGAACGGUCCAAAUGACCAUAAAGGAGCAUUUUCUUCUUUGCCAAAGGGUUUGAAGAAGAUGUAUGUCCAUGCAGUUCAAAGCUAUAUAUGGAAUGCAAUGGCAAGUGCUCGAAUGGAUAGUCAGUAUGAUCGCCAAUUUGCUAUGGCUGGUGAUUUGGUUCUUGAUCAAACCGUACAGGAUUCAUUACGAACUGAAAACAAUCGUUCCGUUUCGACAGAAGGUGAUAUGGAGUCUAUUGCAGACUAUGAAGAUUUGGAUGUUGUAGAGUCAUCCGAGAUAUUAGACAAAAAUAUAAAGAUAGUAUCAGAAGAGGAAGCAUUGGAGAAGAAAUAUCCAAUAACUCAGGUGUAUCUACCUUUGGUAGGAACUCAAAUGAAAUGGCCUCAAAAUGAAUGUGGACAAAUUGCAAUGUCUCUAUUGGAAGAGCAUUCCAUUGACUUUCAAUCCUUACCCACAAUAUCUCAAGAAUUUCAAUUUCGAGGAGGUUAUAGAAAGCUCAUUUCUAUCCCUAAACAGGUCGAAUAUCAUUUUAUGGACUAUGAUGAACCCAAUCAGUCUCUAACUGAUAUUGAAGAAAAGUUGUUUUCAACCCAAGUUCCUUUGGAUAGGAAACAAACGCAAGAUUCCAACUCAUGCAAAAGGAAAAUGACAGCUUUGGUUUUGCAGUUUACAUUGGCGUCGUCAGAAUAUGCAACCAUGUUUCUUAGAGAGGUUACGAAACAAGACUCAUCGACAGCUCAACAACUGGUUCUCGAGCAUCAAAAGAAAAUAUAACUUCUAUUUUAGAAAGGAAACUUGGAUUU